GCAGAAGCAUUCAGCCUACAAGAUUUGAAAUGCUUAAACGAAAGAGUGAUGAAAAGGCAGACAGCAACAAGAAGACCACCAGAAGUUUGAGAUCAGCGACAAGAAAAGAAAAGGAGGAAGUCGAUUUGAAAGCAGCCGCAGAGUCAACCUCACCAGGCUCGCCUUCGAUACAAUCACCCAUACCUGCUCACAGUGCAACCCCUAUAAGUGCCAUCGCCGCUAGACGUGCACUUGCAUUGGUGGCCACUACAGAAAGCGAUCAACAACAAGAUACGGAUAAUGACAUUGAUCAGCAACUGGAACAAGAGCAGAUGACUGAUUGGGACUCUGAAAUAGAAGAGAACGAGCCUUCUGACGCAGAAUCGGAAGCAGAGAAUGUAAACAGUAAAUCGAAAGGAGCCAGAUCGGUAAAUAAGCGCGUAAAACCAGAAAAAGUCAAAACGUAAGGCAGCACCUCCAUCGUGGCAAUAUUUAUGCGAUCUUACGUUCUUGCCACUGAUGUAAUGAAUUUUGAAAUUUUAAGGGCACAGUAUGAUCCAAAGGCUAUUUCGCUGUUCACUCCAAGCCCUAGCAACGUUGUCAAAGUUACUUCCAAAUCGAACGAUGAAAUCCUUGUUAUUGGUUUGAAAAAGGAUGAGGUAAAAAUAAAAUUUCCAUUAGUAUUUGCC